AUGUCUAUCUACGGUUGUUUUCACCACGUCCCCGGCGCAAGCCGUGCAUCCAAGGAACAUCUCCCUCAAGUCGGGUUGGAUGUUCAUGCGACCGUGCUUUUAUCCACUGCUCGGACCACCCUCACCCAAACAUUCAUCAACCCGUCUAAGACUGACCCGAUCACGGAAGUAUUUUAUAAUUUCCCUCUCUAUGAGGAUGCCAGCAUUGUCGGGUUCUCUUGCCGGGUUGGCGACAAUGUCAUUCAUGGCGAGGUCAAGCCAAAGCGACAGGCCGAAAAGGUCUACCAGGAAGCUAAAGCGAAGGGUCACACUGGUGCGAUUUUCGAGCAGUCCUGGCCUGUGAGAGACAUGUUCAAGACUCGCAUCGGCAAUGUCCCAGCGGGUGGUAAUGUUCUUAUCGAAAUUUCUCUCAUGGAGGAAUUGAAGCAUGAUCUCAACAACAUGGAGCCACGAUACACAGUCCCUUUCACGAUCGCUCCACGCUAUCAUAAGGAUGGAACUGUUGACAUUGAGCCUGGAAGCGACCUUGUCAAAACUACCAUUACGGUCGACAUUAUGAUGGCAGAGGGGUAUCAGAUUCGCAGCGUUCGAUCGCCAAGUCAUCCAAUCCAGGUAGAUCUGGGUCGAACUUCUGGCAUGAACGAAUCAACCUUUGAGCCGCAUUACGCGUCUGUGAACCUACGUGAGAACAUUGUCAUUCAGGAAGACUUUGUUCUGACAGUUACCUCGAAUGAUGAAAAAUUGCCUUAUGCCAUGCUGGAAACCCAUCCGACGUUGCCAAACCAACAGGCAUUGAUGAUAUCUUUGAUUCCUCAGAUGAAACUGCAGCCCGACCCAUCCGAGAUUGUGUUUGUCAUUGAUCGAAGCGGCAGUAUGGAGCACCAAAUCCCGACUCUCAAAUCGACUCUCAAGCUAUUCAUCAAAUCACUUCCAUUUGGGGUACCCUUCAACAUCGUCUCAUUCGGGUUUAAUCCGAGUGCUCUCUGGACCCAGAGUAAAAUUUAUGAUAAAGAGAGUUCUCAUGAAGCCCUUGAAUUUGUGAAAACUAUCGGUGCUGACAUGGGUGGGACCGAAAUCUUGAGCGCCCUUCAAUUGGCAGUGAAGAACGGAUACAAAGACAAAGUUCUAGAGGUUCUUCUCUUGACCGAUGGAGAGGUCUAUAAUCACUACGAUAUAUUCGAACUCGUUCGGAAGACAACACAAAACAUUUCUGCAAGGUUCUUCACGCUUGGAAUUGGAAAUAGCGGCGUCUCGCAUCAUCUCAUUAAUGGUAUCGCUCGAGCCGGCAAUGGGUUCUCUCAACAUGUCCUGAAUACAGAGGCGCUAGAUGAGAAGGUCAUCCGAAUGCUGAGGGGCACUUUAACCCCACGCAUGGAAAAUAUCUCUCUGGAUUUUGACGUCAAUUUUGCGACAAACGAUGAUAUUGCUAUUGCGAACGUACCCAAAGAUGAUUCAAUCUCCUCUGCUCAGCCAUCAAUCGAGCCAAUGCCCCUGUUCGAUCCGACCUACAACGAAGAGGACGCAGUGGAGGAUAUGCGCCAGCCACUGCCAAAGAUCGCCCGUCCAUCUAUGCUUUGCACACCUGUUAAAUUACCUGCAUUGUUUCGAUCUUUUCGCACCUCUGUAUAUGUUCUGAUUUCCAGCGAAGGGAGCUCCCUUCCCAAUCAUGUUACUCUCAAGGCAGACAGUCGAAACGGCCCACUGAUACAGAAGAUUCCUCUCCAGAAUGUAGGACGUGGAAAAACGAUACAUCAGCUGGCAGCUAAGAAAGUAAUUGUUGAUCUUGAAGAAGGUCAUGGUUGGGUUCAUUAUGCUGAAGACCUCGAUGGUACAUUGAUCAAAGAAAAGCACGAAAGCCGAGUUCCGGAGUUGAUACAGACUGAAUGCGAAUACCUUGGAGAACGCUUUCAAGUUUCAGGAAAGUUUUGUUCAUUCGUCGCAGUACCGACAUGUAACAACGAAAAGUCAUCAUCGGGGGGUGAACAACCCUCUAACUGGGAUAUUAUUCCGUGUAUAGAUGGCUCUGAAUCCGAAGAAUUAGAAUCCGACCAAGACAUGGGAUUUGCAUUUUUUGAUGAUGAUGAUGAUGAUUUGAAUGUGAAGAAACAAAAGGAGGACAAAAGUCUGAAAGUCGAACAGUGGCGGCAGAUCGUAGAUUUGCAGGAAUUCGAGGGAUACUGGAAGUGGAAUGAGGAGCUCCUUCACCUUUUGCGCCUAGAAAUCAAUGAUAUUCAUGCUAAGAUGGAAUAUGAGUAUACAUCACUAUCCUGCGAGAAAGAAGACCUAUGGAGCCGUUCAUCCUGGACACAGAUACUUGCUACUGCGCUUGUGGGUCGAUUUCUGGAGACCCAGGCUUCUGAGACAAAAGAGGUUUGGGAAUUGGUGCUUGAUAAAGGAACAUCCUGGACCGGUACUUGUUUGAGCGCGAUGACUGACAACGAUAUCAAGGCGCUGAAGGCAUUGGUUGAAAAACUGUUAGCCUAUUAUGCGCAGCUUCCCUUAGCCAAGGAAGGACCGGAAUAG